AUGUUUGAGAAUUCCAACUUACAUUUGGAAGUCUUUGUGAAAGAAUCUCUUCAAUAUCUGAAUGAAGAAAACCGCAGGAAAACAUUCAAAAAAUGGGUGUUCACCAAGAAGGAAGUCUGCAAUGCUGAUAAAAUGGCUGAGGCUGGCUUCAUUUAUACAGGAACCAAACAGGAACCUGACUCAGUCAAAUGCUUUUUCUGUGCCAAACCCCUAGAUGGGUGGGAAGCAACUGAUGAUCCCUGGAAGGAACAUCUAAGUCAUGCUCCAAAUUGCAGCUUUGCUAAGUUGCAACAACAACAGGACAAUAUCACCAUGGAAACAUUUCUGGAUCUGAGAGAAGAGCUUCUUUAUAGGACAAUGGAUAUUUAUAUGGAUGCACUUCGUGAUUAUGCAGAGAAAGCUGGGAAGGCUAUGUUCAAGGAUAUUUGCAGAAUACUUGAUAAAUAA